AUGAUAGAAAAAAGCUCUACUAGGGUUUCCACGCAGGAGGACGAUCUAGUACAGAGAAGCACCAAAAAGGUCAAAACUCGGGGGGAAGUGGAUCUUAAUCAACCAUCGGAGAACAUGGAAAUUGUCCAACAUGAGGAACCUAGGGCGGAACCAGGAAAAGGAUCCUAUAAGGAUACACUGUUGACUAGCCCUGGACUUGAAGAAGAUCAUAGCGCCUCGCUAGACAUGGAUGAUGAUGAUCCUAACCCUGAGGAUAAGUGGUAUAGAAACGACGAUGAUCGAGAAGAUGAUGGGAAACCUUUCAACCCGUGUCCCAAAAUUCCGGUAUCUAAGGAGGAAUUUGAAGAGUGGUGCAAACCUUGGAAGAAUGCCCUCAUAGUCAAAGUGUUGGGGAAACGUGUCACGUUUGCAUUCAUGGAACAACGUCUCCGCAGAGACUGGGAAAAAAAAGAUGAGGAGGACUACGCGCAUGCGCUUAUGGAAGGUCCCUGGAUGAUUGCUGGCCAUUACCUUAUCGUUCAAAGAUGGAGGCCUUUCUUCCUAACCGAAACCACCGAAGUUCGAAAGAUCGCCGCCUGGAUUCGCAUCCCAAAUCUACCGAUCGAACUGUAUAACCACCGAUUUCUCUGGAGGGUUGGCUCAGCCAUCGGACAUAUGCUCAAGAUCGAUCGUACUACCUCAAUUCACUCGAGGGGGAAGUUCGCCUGGAUAUGUGUUGAGAUCGACCUGGCAAAACAACUAGUGCCACGUAUAUCCGUUCUUGGUUGUGAGUUGAACCUGGAAUAUGAAGGACUGUACCAAAUUUGCUUCACAUGUGGUAAGUAUGGUCAUAGGUCAGAACAAUGCAUGGAAGACGGUGCUAGCAACGGCGUCCAGACGGAGGAGAUCCGUACAGCCGACACUCUGCAAGGUGGGGCCCCAACUACUAAUGUGGCUGACGAAAAUGGAAGGCUCACUGAUCAGCAGAAUCUCCGUGAUCCUAGCAACGGGAAGGCCAACCCUGAUUUUGGGCCGUGGAUGUUGGUGAAAAAAUUUAAUAAUAGAAGGAAAUCCCAAUUUGGACAGAAACAAUCCCACGCCAACCGCGAUACGACUAAUUUCCAUAACACUGAUGAAGGAAUCUCUCAUAAAGGGAAUAUUACCAAUUUGGGAUCCAGAUUUGAUAUCUUGCAAGAAAAUAAUCCGGGAUUGGUCCAAGGCAGCGAGAAUGAGGCGGUAGUGGGCCAGGACAUAAUAGGGAAAACUGAGCAGAAAGAACCAAAUGGAAAAAGCAAAGCUCGAACUCUGGGGAUCUCCACCACGAACCCUAAAGGGCAGGAGAGCGCAACCAAAUCAGCAAAGGGGAAGGAAAAAAGCGCCGAGCUUGAAGGUAUGGAGAUGGUGGUUUCGGAACACAUGAAAAGGAUGGUGCAGGACAGAUGGGAAGCGUUCAAAUUUUCGAAGGGCAACCAAACAACCCUGGAAGGGCAUAUAGUAAGAGAGAAUUUGAUCUUCAAUCAUGAAAAACACCUGCAACCUCCGAAUUCUUGUAUGGGUAGUUCAGAAUACAGGGGUAAUCACUUGAAAUUACUCGAUGUGGCUAUGGCCGAUGCGGGUGGUAGUGGAAAACUGGAAGCCUCAUCCCCUCAGGACCAAGGGGGUCCGCUGGGAGUAGGCAGUAAAACCUUCCCUUCUCUUAUCCGUGAUCUGAGGCAUGAAUAUGGUGCCAAUAUGUUCUUCCUCUUAGAAACUCAUGUGAGUGGUGUUCGAGGUAACCAGAUUAGAGACAAGAUAGGUUUCGAUAAAUCCUUUGUGGUGGAUGCAGUGGGUCAUGCUGGAGGUAUAUGGUGUCUCUGGGAUUCUUCUGUCUGGAGUGUGGAUGUGAUUGAGCAUGACAAGCAGUAUGUGCACCUAAAAGUCUCAGGUAACAAUUCUAUGCCAUGGCUCAUUACUGCUGUUUAUGGAAGCCCCCAGCGUGUGACAAGAAGAACGCUGUGGCAAGCCCUUAAAUCUUAUGCUGAUAAUAUCAACCUCCCCUGGUGCCUGUUGGGCGACUUCAAUGCUAUGCUAAACAACUAUGAAAAGAGUGGAGGGGCACUGAGCAAUGGCCAUGGUGCUUGUAAGGAGUUCCAGGAGUGUGUCUCGACCUGUGGCUUGGUUGAUUUGGGCUAUGCAGGAUGGGCGUACACUUGGAAGAGGGGCAAUCUUGCUGAGAGGCUGGACAGGGGUUUGAGUAAUCUGGAUUGGCAAAUUGCCUUUCCAGAGGCCCUCGUUAAACAUAUGCCGAUGUUGAAAUCAGACCAUUCUCCUAUUUGCCUGCAACUGUCUCCUGUUAGCAUGCAGAAUAGAGGAAGGAGGCCGUUUCGUUUUCUUGCGGCUUGGAUUACUCACCCUGACUUUGGGAAUGCGGUUGAUGCUUCUUGGAAUGUCCAGGGCUCCUGGGCAGAGGGCGUUCUUAACUUCAAAGAGAGGAUUAAAGAGUGGAAUAAUUCAGUCUUUGGGGAUAUCUUUAGACGAAAGCACAGAAUUCUUAGAAGAUUCCAAGGAAUUACUUCUAGUCUGGGAUACGCUCAUAACUACUUCCUUGAUAAUCUUCAAAAAGAUCUGUGGGUGGAGUAUGAGAAAAUUCUCCUUCAGGAAGAACUGCUUUGGUUCCAAAAAGCCAGGAGUAAAUGGAUAAAUUUCGGGGACCGCAACACCAAAUUUUUCCAUGGUUCUACUAUGGUUAAAAGGCGAAAAAAUAAAAUGGCUUCCCUCCAGAAUGAUACCGGUGAUUGGAUAACUGACAAGGCUACUCUUGAAUAUAUGGCUACCUCCUUCUUCUCAAAUCUGUAUAAAGAUAACGAAAACCAUAUUCUCUUUAUCCUGGAAAACAUGUUUCCUGAUAUGAGCAGCUCUGACUUCAACAGUAUAGGCAGGAAUGUGUCCGAUGAGGAAAUCAAGGAUGCAAUGUUCAGCAUUGGGAGUUGGAAGGCCCCUGACAGAGAUGGUCUUCAAGCUAUCUUUUACCAAAGUCAGUGGAACAAAAUAGGCAGCGACGUAUGCAAUCUGACUAAAAAUAUUUUCCAGAAUCCAGAUAAGGUAAAAGAGGUAAACGAGACGCUUAUCACUCUUAUCCCAAAAAUAGAACCUGUGGAACAUCUUAAGCAAUUGAGACCCAUCAGCCUGUGCAAUGUUUCAUAUAAGGUGAUUACUAAAAUCCUGGCCAAUAGGUUGAGAAGUGUCAUGAAUAAUUUGGUUAUGCCUAACCAGUGCAGUUUUGUUCCUGGUAGGCAGAGUUCUGACAACAUCAUCAUUACACAAGAAGUCAUUCACUCUAUGAGAAAUAAAAAAGGUAAAAAAGGUUGGAUGACCAUCAAGAUUGACCUGGAGAAAGCUUACGACAGACUCAAUUGGAACUUUAUAAAGGAAACACUCAUGGACAUUGGUUUUCCCCAGAACUUCAUUAACUUAACCCUAUCCUGUAUCUCCACUGCCAGAAUGAGAGUGUUUUGGAAUGGGGAAGAGCUGGAAGAGUUCUCUCCCACCAGAGGUAUAAGACAAGGAGACCCCAUCUCCCCGUAUAUUUUUGUACUCUGCAUUGAAAAACUGUCUCAACUUAUUAGUGCUGCAGUGGAACAUGAUUUUUGGAAGCCUAUUCGUCUAAAGAAGGAUGGUCCGCCUAUCUCCCACUUGUGCUUUGCAGACGAUAUCAUUCUCUUUGCAGAAGCCAACGUUGACCAAGCCAAUAUUAUUAAUAAGUGUCUUGAAGCCUUCUGCAAAAGCUCUGGUCAAAAAGUUAGCAAAGAUAAAACUAGAGUCUUUUUCUCCAGAAAUGUGGGUCACAAUGUGAGAACAGAGAUUAGUAAUGUCAUGCAAUUUACCAGAACAGAUGAUUUGAGAAAGUACUUAGGUGUCCCUAUUCUCCAUUCAAAAGUAACAAAGCACACCUUUGAGGGUAUCAUCAACAAACUCCAUGUCAGACUAAACUCUUGGAAAGCCUCAUCUCUCUCCUUGGCCGGAAGAACAACUCUGGUGAAAUCCGUCCUUUCUUCUAUGCCUAUAUAUAAUAUGCAUUCUGCCUUAUUACCUACUGCUACUUGUAAUUCUAUUGAUCGCAUUUGCAGGAAUUUUAUUUGGGGUGAUACAGACCAAAAUAAAAAGGUUCAUCUUCUUAACUGGAAGAAGAUAUGUGAGCCAAAGCAAUCUGGUGGACUGGGCAUUAGACAUGCAGGACAAAUGAAUCAAGCCUUUAUGAUGAAGGCUGGUUGGGGGCUUAUAGCUAGAAAGGAUGAUCUUUGGGCCAGAAUCCUUCGUUCUAAAUAUGGCUGUGGAAACGACACUAUUCCUAAAGUAGCUAAAAGGAGAAAUAACUCAAAUCUUUGGAAGGGCAUUUGUGCCUCUUGGGACAACGUGGAACGCAACUGUAUCUGGAGAGUUGGCGAUGGUUCCCAGAUCCGCUUUUGGGACCAUUACUGGGUCCCCGGAGUAGGCCGGCUAAGAGAUUCCGCAAUUCAGGUAAGCAAUAGUGUUAACUUAUCUGAGAUGUUGAUGGACUUUCUGGAUGUUUCAGGGCUUUGGGACGUGGGGAAGCUACAAAGGAUGCUGCCAGAGGAGAUCAUUAAGAAGAUCGUAGCUAUCUCUCCCCCCUCCCCUUGGAAGGAAGCGGACCACCUGGCCUGGGGGCUCUCCUCGGAUGGAUCUUUCAGCACAAAGUCAGCCUACCAGUUGAACAUGGAGAACCAACAUGCACCGAACAAGAACUUCCGAUUGGUGUGGAAUUGGCAGGGGCCGGAGCGCAUCAGAACCUUUCUUUGGCUGGUAACACAUAAUGCUAUUCUUACGAACUCAGAGAAAAGACGAAGGCACCUGACUAAUGAUGACACCUGCCCAAGAUGCCGAAGCCAUGAAGAAUCAACCAUACAUGUACUUAGGGACUGCCCCUAUGCUAUGAGCAUCUGGAACAGACUUAUCCCCCCUAACGGGAGGAGCUCCUUCUUCAAUACCGAGCUCAAUGAGUGGUUAUACCAAAACUUGACAACCAAUAAAAACUGGAACUGCCUUUUUGGUGUUGCGUUGUCGUCCAUAUGGUACCUCCGAAAUAAACUUGUCUUCAAUGGAGAAUCGGCCCAUGUCAACACGGCCGUCAACCAGAUUAAAGCGCGAUCGGAGGAGUUCCUCAGCCUUACCAGAAGCAGUUUAAAGCCGCAGAAGUCCCAAGCUGCUGGUGAAUCUCUCAUUAGAUGGUCUUGUCCGGAGGAGGGGUGUGUUAAAGUUAACGUUGACGGGUCCUGGUUUGGUCACACAAGGAAUGCAGCCUGUGGCGGUGUUUUUAGAAACUCAGAUGGGAGAUUUCUACAAGGAUUCUCCUGCAACUUGGGGAACUGUUCGAUUAUGCACGCAGAAUUAUGGGCAGUUAUCCAUGGGCUGAGUAUUGCUACUACUAAGGGCUACCAGUGUCUUUUUGUUGAAUCUGAUUCCGCUGAGGCCAUCAACUUCAUCAACCGCGGAUGCAGCCCCACUCACCCCUGUGCUCCUCUAGUCCAGGACAUUCGUGGCUUGGCAGCUAGAAUCCAGAAAAUCACCUGGUUACACUCCCUCCGUGAAGCAAAUUCUGUGGCGGAUCUACUUGCUAAGAAGGGACAAGAACUCCCUAUAGGGCUGCACCUGUUUGAUAAAGCCCCCCCCUUUAUUAACUAUGCUAUUCUGUGUGACUGUUUCGAGACCCUUAGGCUAAGGGGGUCUUGA